AGUAACAAGGCAUGCUGGGAUUUGUUUUAGAUGACUUCAUUUUCGACUGGUGGCGCACUGGCGUAGAUAAUUAUAGCUGCGGAGGAUCGUUAUUACGUCUGGCUUUCUCGCAUGCGUUAAUAUUUGGAACAUUAGAACCGGAUGUUACUUCAGGGGAUGGUGGUGCAAAUCUGAAAGGACAUUGAACACAGGUUGGUUAUGGCAUCUAAAGAAGCAAUUGUGACUGUACGCCUGGUUCGUUCUUUUGAGCACCGUAACUUUAAACCUGUGGUGUAUCAGAAUGUUGACCUGAACCAAACUGUAAAGGACUUCAUGGAAUUUGUAAAGAAUGAUAUACCUUCCAGGUCAGGACUUCCCCUACCAUUUAGAAAUUAUAAGUAUGAUAAAAUGAAGAUAAUCCAUCAAGCUCAUGGAGCAAAGACGAAUGAACUUAUAGUGAGUUUAGAAGAUGAUGAUAAACUCAUUUUAAAAGACAACGCCACAUUGAAAGCAGCAGGAAUAGGACAUGAAACAGAAGUAGCUUUCUUUUGUAAUGAAGAUUAUGAAAAAUACAGAGCUGAUCCAAAAACUGUUUGGUAGCCAGAAGAUACCAUGGUAUUUCCUGUCAGGUGACCUACCUUGUUCAUUCUAAUCACUCCAGUGCAGGGUGUUUUCAACCAGCCACCUUCAAAAGAUGUCUGCAUUCUGGUCCUACUUUUCCACUGAUCAUGGAUCGUACAUGAAAUAAGAGUUGCAAGCUAAAGCAUAUGAAUUAGGGUUUGAAUGUCUUACCAAAAUGUUUUGCAGUUCAAGACAGGCAAAAACGUACAAGUGUGAUCUUUAGCUGACAUAUCUGACAGUGUGGUUAGUAGGGAGCAUUUUUUUCUAAUACAUAUUAUAGUGAGUUAAUAAAACUAAUGUGCCCAUAUCUCAUUUGCAUGACAUCCAAUUUGGUGAGGCAUUUAUUUUGUUGGUAGUUUGUAACCAUUAACCUACAGUGAUCUAAUCAUGUAUAUCCAGCUCCUUUCCUUGCGUACAUUUCCAGAUGUACAUUAAGGGAUUAUGAUACAGAAUUUAAAGUUACUGUGUAAACUAUGAUAAAAUCUAUGGGACUGAAACUUGAUGUGUUAAGUUUGCCAUAGUUUCAUAGUUUUUAGUAGAGCAGGUUCUUUUACGUGAAGUGUGUAAAACUGCUAAAAUGUUUGCUUUGGUAUACUUGGAGCCAUCCACAGUUAGGUAUGUUAUAUUUAGUAAUAAUUUCCUGUGCUGUGAAUGCAUCUAUAUCUUUCAGUUACUCAGUGCUGAAUCUUUCUUUUACUGUUGGAUAUAUACCCCAAUGUAUAGCAUGUGAGAAAAAUCAAUGGUAUUCAUUGGUAUAAAUCAGAGAAAUUGUUUCAUUUGGUUAAUAUUAAUUGUACUUGUAUAGCUUACACAAAUAAGUAUAGUGAAAAGGUUAAACAUUGGGCUAUAACUCUUCAGGUUGUGUACUGGCUUUGGUUUACCAUUGAUUUUUAAACCAGAAAGUAAGUAAAGUCUUCCAGUGCAUGUAUCCUCUUCCACAACACAGUGUAUUUUGGAUCUGGAAAGUUCAGCUUACCACGUAUUGUCUACUUAGUCUGGGUUUAAGUGGCAUCAAUAAAAAUGCUAAAACUUUGUGCUCUUUCCUUGAAGCAGAGAAAAGGAAUGUAUACAGUCAUGGAUAACACAAAAACAAAUAAUGGUUGCAAAAUGUUUCUUCAUUGGUAUUGACAAUAUAUGCAAGUUCUUGUAAUAAAAGCUAAAUAAUAACGGGGCUUCUUAGA